GGCGCCAAAACCCAAGAGUCACGUGGUCGAGUACAAAGGCUGUACUUAAGCUCGUGGCGCGCUUCUAGGAUCAUCACAGCGCUGAACCGCGGGAGCGAGCAAAGGAGAAUCAACACGGGGAGUUUCACUGUAUAGCUAGUUACUUGUGCAACCUUCAAUUGAAGCUAUGAAUUCUGUGAGAAAAAUGAAGCAAGGCGAGAACCCCCAGGAGAAUAUAAAGAAGUUUUUCACAGCACAGACUUCAGGUGCUUCAUCUGGGAGGAGAACACUACAGGUCCUUCAGCCAUCUACAGUUAAUAAGGGCUUAGGAAGGACAACAGAGACUGGGAAGGCUGUUCCUAAGAGGAAGCUGUGGAGUGUGGACCAAGUUAAGGGAUCAAAGAGGGCUAAAGCUGAAGUGGCAGUAAAAAUCACAGAUCCAGAAAAUGAAAACCUGCCUGAUGGAAUCUCACAGGAAGCCUUUGAGCUGAUGGUCAAAGAAACUCCUUCAUCUGCCUAUUGGAAGGAGAUGGCAGAGGAGAGGCGGAAAGCACUGUUUAAUGUUCUCCAAGAGAAUGAAAAGCUGCACAAGGAGAUAGAAACCAAAGAUGAGCAGAUUGCUCAGUUGAAAAGUGAAAAUGAUGAACUUCAGGAGCUGGCACAGCAUGUCCAACACAUGGCUGACAUGAUUGAGAGGUUGACUGGUAAAAGCCCAGAUAACUUGGAGGAGCUUCGAGAGAUGGCCUUUGAUACAGUAGUAGAAGAUGACGACAAUGAGGAGCAGGAGGACGCAGAAGACCAGAGUGAAGAGCAGGAGGAGACUGCGGAAGACCAGAGUGAAUUGGAUGAUGAGGACAAUGUAAACGAUUCUGAGGAUGAAGACUUUGAGGAUGUGGAGAGUGAAGAGCCCACACCAGAAGCAGAAGAUGACGCUGCCUCAGAUGCUGAAGAGUCAAAGUGAUUUUAGUUUCAAGUGUUAAUGGGUUUUUUUUUGGACUUGAAUUUUUGUGCAUUGUUGGUGCUGAAAUGUUUACUGUCCUAAAACUGAACAGAUUGACUGCCUUUUUCUACUGGACAAGCUAAGUGCAAUGACUAGUUUUAGACUUGGUUUUUAUUUAAGUCACUGUAAAUAAGUUGAAAUUGACUGUUUUUUUAUGGCUUUUGUAGAUGUGAGUCAUUCUGUACAUAUGUAAAACUUGCGCAUGUACAUGAAUAAAUGCCAUAUUUUUAUAA